GCGGCGGCGGCGGGUCUGCGGAGUGGAGCCGGCGCCGGGCUCAGGGUGAACGAAACGCCGUAGUGCAGAGGCCGCGUCCGCCCCGGAGCCAUGGAGAUCGGCACGGAGAUCAGCCGCAAGAUCCGGAGUGCCAUUAAGGGGAAAUUGCAAGAAUUAGGAGCUUAUGUUGAUGAAGAACUUCCUGAUUACAUUAUGGUGAUGGUGGCCAACAAGAAAAGUCAGGACCAAAUGACAGAGGACCUGUCCCUGUUUCUAGGAAACAACACAAUUCGAUUCACCGUAUGGCUUCAUGGUGUUUUAGAUAAACUACGUUCUGUUACAACUGAACCGUCUAGCCUAAAGUCAUCUGAUACCAACAUCUUUGACAGUAACGUGCCUUUAAACAAGGGUGGCUUCAGUCGAGGAGAGGAGAGAAGGCACGAGGCCACAGUGCCGCCCCUCUCAGUGUCUAGCACCAGAUCUGAAAAGAGAGACCCUAGAGUGUCUGCAGGUUCACAGGAGCAGAAAACCACUAAUGUCAGACAGACUUAUGAUGAUGGAGCUGCAACCCGACUAAUGUCAACAGUGAAACCUCUGAGGGAGCCGGCACCCUCUGAAGAUGUGAUUGAUAUCAAGCCUGAACCAGAUGACCUCAUUGAUGAAGAUCUCAACUUUGUGCAGGAGAAUCCCUUAUCUCAGAAAAAACCCGCUGCGACGCUCACCUAUGGGUCUCCUCGCCCUUCUAUCGAAAUUUAUCGGCCACCACCAAGUCGAAAUGCAGAUAGUGGUGUCCAUUUAAACAAGCUGCAGUUUCAGCAGCAGCAGAACAGUGUUCACGCCGCCAAGCAGGUAGAAGUGCAGAGCAGCCGGGUCUGUGAUGCAGGACGUCUGGGUGAGCCAGAGGCGCUUACCAGUGUAGAGAAGACUUACAGUCCCUUCUUCAGAAACAGCGCAGAGAAAAUGAGUAUUGAGGAAGAAAACUUUCGGAAGAGAAAGUUGCCUGUGGUAAGUUCAGUUAUUAAAGUAAAAAAAUUCAAUCAUGAUGGAGAAGAAGAGGAGGAGGAUGAAGAUUACGGUUCCCGAGCAGGAAGUGUCUCCAGCAGCGUGUCAGUGCCAGCAAAGCCUGAACGGAGACCUUCACUUCCACCUUCUAAACAAGCUAACAAGAAUCUCAUUUUGAAGGCUAUAUCUGAAGCUCAAGAAUCUGUAACAAAAACAACAAACUAUUCUACAGUCCCUCAGAAACAGACACUCCCGGUGGCUCCUCGAACUCGAACUUCUCAAGAAGAAUUGCUAGCAGAAGUGGUCCCAGGGCAAAGCCGGACUCCCAGAAUAAGUUCCCCCAUUAAAGAAGAGGAAACAAAAGAAGAUAAUAUUGAGAAAAGUCAAGGACCUCAACAAAGGCAGUUGUUUUCCCGACUGCAAAUUGACCCCGUAAUGGCAGAAACUCUACAGAUAAGUCAAGAUUACUAUGACAUGGAAUCCAUGGUCCAUGCAGACACCAGAUCAUUUAUUCUGAAGAAGCCCAAGCUGUCUGAGGAGAUAGUAGUGGCUGCAGAGCACGAGGCGGGGACGAAGACUGCAGAUACCCUUCGGGUACUUUCAGGACACCUUAUGCAGACGCCACGAGAUCUUGUACAACCAGAUAAACCUGCAAGUCCCAAGUUUAUAGUGACGCUGGAUGGUGUCCCCAGCCCCCCAGGAUACAUGUCAGAUCAAGAGGAAGACAUGUGCUUUGAAGGAAUGAAACCCGUAAACCCAACUGCAGCCUCAAGCAAGGGACUCGGAGGCCUCCUCCACCCACAGCAGUGGCAGUUGAUGAGCAGGCAGCUUGAGGACCCAAAUGCUGAGGUGAGUGAAUUGAGUGUGGCCCAGAAACCAGAAAAACUGUUGGAGCGCUGCAAGUACUGGCCUGCUUGUAAAAACGGGGACGAGUGUGCCUAUCACCACCCUGUUUCACCUUGCAAAGCCUUUCCCAAUUGUAAAUUUGCUGAAAAGUGUUUGUUUGUUCAUCCGAAUUGUAAAUAUGAUGCAAAAUGUACCAAGCCAGAUUGCCCCUUCACGCAUAUGAAUAGAAGAAUCCCAGUGCUGCCUCCAAAACCAGUUACAACACCAGCAUCCCCUUCUAGCACUCAGCUCUGCCGUUACUUCCCUGCUUGUAAGAAAAUGGAAUGUCCCUUCUAUCAUCCAAAACACUGUAGGUUUAACACCCAGUGUACAAGACCUGACUGUGCGUUUUACCAUCCCACCAUUACUGUACCGCCACGACAUGCCUUGAAAUGGAUUCGACCUCAAACCAGCGAAUGACACCCAGUUCUACCUGACAGAAGAUCAUGGAUUUGGAAAGCUGCCACCUGCUGAUGAGAGAUAGAGACACCCUACAGAAUCUGUCAAGUCUUUGAGACUUGGAAUACAUUGCUUUCGUAAUAUGAAAUUUAUUGCCUAUCUAAAGUGUCUAAUUUUUCAAGUUUGUAAGUUGUUUAGUGGUUUUAACUUUGGGUGUUUUUUGUUGUUUGGUUUCGGUUCUUCUAUGAAAAGACAGUUUAAGGAAAAACUAAAGUCAUUUGAGGCAUGUUUGUUCACAGCUGUUUGAAGUAUCAGCAUUUAUAAU